CAGGCUUAAACUAACCUUCUCGUUCCUCCUAAAAUGUUCAACCUAUUUAAAAAAAAAAAUUUCCAAAGCUAGUGUUCUACUUUCCUUAAUUCUGCAUUGAUGAAUCUUGGCCUAAUAAAACAAACAAGUAAUAUUGCCUUCGGUUUUGUCUAUUCGUUGAUAAAAACAAUUCGACUUUGAGAGACAGAGUCAAUGGUUUUGGAACAAUAUAAUCGUAACUCAUAAGAUAGCUGAAAGUCUACACUGGAAUACAAACUCUGAAAAUUUAUUUAUUUUUAUUUUUAUUUUAUUUUCACCCCAAUAUUACAAGAAAAAAUGAAUUUCAAGAGAAAUCAUCAGAUUAGAUUGUUAUCUUUCAGAUCCUUUUACAAAUACAACGUAGAGUUCUUAAUUCUCUCAUAAGUCUUUUCUCCCCAGUUAUUGGUCUCUCAGUCAACUUCGCAUUCUCAAAGACAGAAACAAACGGUGUGGUUUUGACUAUCACCCCAUCUCCCACUUUUCUUCACCUCAUAAUAUUCAUUCGAUUUCUUUGGAAUUCAGUAUAAUAGGGAAUUGGGUCUUUGAGCUGAGCUUAUUUGGUGAGCUGGGUAUGAAUCUGAUCAAGGAUAAAGUUGGAGGCUGAAGUGGAAUUCAAAGAGGAAUUCUGGUUAUGAAAAAAUGGGGGAAAAUGGAAAUGGAAAUGCAGCUGCCAUGCACACUGCGAUGAACGCUGUGCAGGCGUUAGGGAGGGGAUUCGAUGUUAACUUCGAUACGAGGUUAUUGUACUGUAAAGGUGUGACAGGUUCUAGGAUAGUUGAAAUUGAUGAGGAACAUGGUAGGGAUAUCUACUUGGACGAUCAAACUGUUCUUCCCAAUAUUUCUAGAGAUAUCGUGAACUCCCAGGAGCCUUUUGGCCGUCAAAGUUCUGGGGUUUGCAAUUUUCAUGAGAUGGUGGAGUAUUUUAAUAAAAAAGCUAAUGUGUCCAGUGGUUUUCCGCUUGGUAGUUUCAAUUCUGCAUUUAGCUUUACCGGUUCAACAGAUAUUGAUGCUGCGACCACGAAGACACUUGCUAUGGAUGGAUUUUACAUUCCACUUGCCAAGUUUCAGCUUACAAAGUCGCCAUCAGUGUUGCAAGAAAAUGUUAAACGGGCUAUCCCAACUGCUUGGGACCCAUCAUCCUUGGCAAGUUUCAUUGAAAAUUUUGGGACACAUGUCAUUACUUCUGUAACUAUGGGUGGUAAAGAUGUGAUAUACGUCAAACAACAUCACUCUUCACCUUUAUCUACCACGGAGAUUAAAACCUAUGUGCAGGAUAUUGGAAAUCAGAGAUUCUCGGACAAUGAAAGUCAUACAAGUUCAGGUCAAAUCAAAUUAAAGGAUAAGGGUCUUGAUCCUGGCUUAUUCAACAGUCAAGGGGUUUACCCUCAGCCUACUAGUGCGCCAUAUCUUAAUGGGAAAGAGGAUGUUACAGUCAUUUUUCGGAGGAGGGGAGGAGAUGAUCUGGAGCAAAACCAUACCCAGUGGGCCAAAACUGUCUGGUCCUCUCCUGAUGUCAUUGGAAUGACUUUCUAUCCUAUUACUGCUCUACUUGAUGGGAUAGCUGGAAAGGAGCAUCUGACUUGUGCUAUCAGUCUUUAUCUUGAAUACAAGCCUCCAAUUGAAGAACUGAGAUAUUUUCUAGAGUUUCAGAUUCCUAGGAUAUGGGCUCCUGUACGGGACAAGAUUCCUGGCCGCCAAAGGAAGGAACCUAUUUGCCCAUCUUUGCAAUUCAGCAUGAUGGGGCAAAGACUUUAUGUCAGCCAAGAGCAGAUCUCAGUUGGACGCAAGCCAGUAACAGGCUUGCGGUUAUGCCUAGAAGGAAUCAAGUGGAACCGUCUUAGUAUUCAUCUUCAACACUUAGCUUCUCUUCCAAAGAUCCUACUUCCACACUGGGACACCCAUGUGGCAAUUGGUGCUCCCAAGUGGCAGGGACCUGAGGAGCAAGAUAGCAGAUGGUUUGAACCCGUGAAAUGGAAGAAUUUCUCUCAUGUUAGUACUGCACCAAUUGAAAACCCUGAAACCUUUAUAGGUGACCUCUCUGGUGUCUACAUUGUCACCGGGGCACAACUUGGAGUCUGGGAUUUUGGGUCGAGAAAUGUCUUGUACAUGAAGCUCUUGUAUUCUAGGCUUCCAGGCUGCACAGUACGAAGAUCAUUGUGGGACCAUAGUCCAAAUGACAAAUCAAAGAAAGUUGUUUCUACUACGGGUACUGCCAACUCUGGUGACUCAAGUUCCGGCUCACAAGAUGACAUUGUAAACAAGUUGGCAAAAUUUGUUGAUAUGACUGAGAUGAGCAAAGGGCCGCAAGAUCCUCCAGGUCAUUGGUUGGUUACUGGUGGAAAGCUUGGUGUUGAGAAAGGCAAAAUUGUUUUGAGGGUGAAGUACUCCUUACUGAAUUAUUGAAUCUCUUACGAUUUUUGUGCUGUCUUGGCUGUUUUUAAGUAGAGGCGGUGUUUUUCUUUUUGAAUGUCCAUUUGUGUUCAUCAUGCUUGUAAAGAAUUGUGCUUUGAUGAAUUUGGUUUGGGUAGGUGAGGAUGUGUAUGCAGGCCAUGGAGUUUCUUCCACUUCUCUGUCCUCUUGGAAAAGUGAUGUGAAUUUUGUAGAAAAAACUCUGAAGAUGCCUCUUUUAUCUAACAUGCGAAAAACCAGUAUUUUUGCACCAAAGAAAGGCGGUAUUUAGAAAAGAUACGUUCUAUGUGACUGAGGUCAAACAUGUGGCAUGGCGUCAAUUAGAGAUGUAAUGGGUCACUAUGGGAUGGUUAUUUGUUCCUA